UUCACCCUGGACUGAGUGAAAUGUCAUCAUUUGCAUUAUUUCUCUUCGCCUUCACUCUCCAUUCAUGUCUACCGCUCCACGCUUCAUUUCCAAACACAACCACCACCCCGGCCGGCCCCCUGCCUGAGCAAUGGCGGCGCCCGAUGCCGCCUCACCGGCCUCCGAGGCCCCCACUGCCCGUCCUCCCGGGCCCCCUCCUCCAACGCCGGCCCCGCACCAACCCCGGACCCCUCAGCAACCGCAACCUCAUCCUCUUCAUAACCCGAGAACUCAAACGCAACAUCACAUCCGACCCGUUGAGGUACACCGUGUCCUGGGUCGGCAACAACUACUGCCUCUUCCGGGGCUACUACUGCGAAACCGUUCCCGACAGGAACAUCACUGGACUCGUCGGUAUCGACUUCAAUGGCGCCAGGUUCGGCGGUAACCUCAACUUCUACCGCUACAUUCGCUUCCUCCCCGACAUCUCCUUCUUCCACGUAAACUCUAACAACUUCAGCGGCGUCAUCUUCCCAAACCUUAACAAGCUCCGCUACUUCAGCGAACUCGACCUCAGCAACAACGGCUUCUCUGGCCGGUUCCCGGUGUCCAUCAUCGGAGCCUCCCGGCUUUCCUUCAUUGAUAUCCGGUUCAACACGUAUGCCGGCACGGUUCCCCGCCAAAUAUUCGACGUCGAUACCGACGUCCUCUUCAUCAACAACAACGGGUUCAGCCAAACCAUCCCCGCCAACUUCGGCAACACAAUGGCGCGAUUCAUCACCCUCGCAAACAACCGGUUCACUGGCCCAAUCCCACGGAGCAUCGGCCGGGCGUGGACCACCUUAACGGAGGUGCUCUUCUUGAACAACCAGCUCACCGGUUGCCUCCCGUACGAGAUCGGGUUCUUGAACCAGGCAACCGUUUUCGACGUCGGGACGAACCGGUUGACCGGGCCAAUUCCUCAGUCGUUCGGGUGCCUGACGAGCAUGCAACUGCUGAACUUGGCUCACAACAGGUUCUACGGGAGGAUACCAGAGUCGCUGUGCCGGCUCCGGUACGCCGUUAAUUUCACACUGUCGUAUAAUUAUUUUACGCAGAUAGGGCCGGCUUGCCGGCGGCUGGUGACGGCGGGGAAGCUGAACGUGAGGAGGAAUUGCAUAUCGGGGUUUCCGAACCAGAGGAGUGCGGCGAAUUGCGCGUUGUUCUUUUCCAAGUCCAAGAGUUGUCCUCGGCAGAACACCUUCGGCAUUGUUCCUUGCACGCUUCCGCCGGCGACUUUGUUGAAGGAGACGGAAGUGCCGUCGGAUGAGGUGGUAGCUCCGGCGCCGUCGGUGACGUACGCUGCCCUGGUGAAGCCUCCUCACUGAUAGGCUGCAUGGGUGCGUACGCUGGUACGUACGUGCAGACUAGCUGCUGGGUAACUCAGUUUCGGUGAAUUAAACUUUCGUUAAUUACAAUAAGAGGGUGAUGUUGGGGGCGCUGUGUAUGAUGAGUGAGAGAGAGAAAAAACUUAUGCAACACUGCUUAGGAUUAAUACCGCGCCAAUUUAGUUUUAUAGCGUC